AUGUCAAAUUUCUGGUUCAAAGACGACGCCUUUCUGGCGCCCGGCCAGCUGAAUGACUCUGAUAUGGUCGGCCCGAUUUUCGACGAGCCUCUUCCAGGCUCUGUGGCUAUGGCUCAACAAAACCAGCAAAAACAACCUGGAAACCAGCACAGUGGACCUGAUGCUGAUAUGUUUGCCCCAGGAGACAUGGGGCUCGGAGAAUUUGGACUUCAAAAACAAGGAAACCCGCUGGACAAUAAACUGCCUCAGAUGUUCAUGCGAAACGAUGGAGGUAUGGUGGGCCAACACCAGUCCCUUGAUGCGGGCCAAGGAAACAGUGGGUCUCAGCAGCUCGAUAGACAAAAACAAGAACAGCUUUUAAAAAUGAGACAGCAGAUUAUGCACCAGCAGAUGGUACACAACCAACAGAAGGCUCAGCAUCGCCAGCAGCCUGAACUAGCAGGGGCACGAAGCUCACCGCACAUGAACAUCAAUAAUGGGGAAAACCCUAUGCUAGGUGCGGGCAUGGCUGGACCAGGCGGUAUGGGCGGAGGAGGUAGUGUGCCUCAGAGUUUAUCUCAGAACUUGAAUCAGAAUUUCAUGAAUAGCGGUGGCAUGGGCAAUCUCAAUAUGCAUGGAGGUGGCCCUGGUGGGGGUCCUGGUGGCAUGGGUGGGCCCCAAGGGCCUGGCAACUUGCAAUUCAUGGGCAACCAAAUGAACAGGGUAGACUCUCCUCAUGGGCUGAUCCAACAAGGUGGAAAUGCUGCCUCUGCUAAGCAAGGAAUGGGCAACCUCGAAGGAAUGAUGCCUCAGGGCGGGCCCCAGGGCAUGAAUUUGGGCAGGAAUCAGAGCGCCAAUCAGAACCUUUCACAGAACGUUAACCAGAUGAGGGGCGCCGAUAGUUUUGAGGGUAGCCCUCAAAUGGGCCAGUUCGGGGGUAAUAACCCAGCCAUGGCUGGUCAGCAAGGCCCUGGUCCUAACAAAAACUUCGUGGGUCAGCGUAUGGCAGGUGCACCCACGCCAGGCUCAGAGAGUGGGUUUCAGGGAAACAGUGGUGGUCCUCCUAAGCUAACUCAAUCUCAAUUUGCCCUGUUACAGUAUGAGCUGUUGCAAAUGUCCCUCGCUGAUUACAUGAACCGUCGCAACACACCCAUCACUCAGGCACCAGUGGUGAACAAUAAGAAAAUCAACUUGUUGAUCCUCCAUCUUUUGACGAGAAAGAUUGGUGGUUUUCAUGCCGUUCUCAGGCAUCUUCAGACCUUGAAUCAGCCUUCGGCACAAGUCACAGACUGGACGAACGUUUGCAGGAAAUUGGGCCUUCUAGAUGGCAUAGAUAUUCAAAGCAACAUCAUCGCCAAGCAACAGAUUGAAAAACUGGUUGGUACGGUGUACUUGCAGUAUAUUCUUCCCUACGAACAGUAUGAUGCUACUGAGGAGGGCCGUAAAGAUCUUCAUGCUCGCCGUAUUCAGUUCCAAAGACAAUUGUAUCUCCGUUUCCAGCAACAACAGCAACAGCUACAGAGACAGCAGCAGCAUAGCCAAGCUUCAGGACAGAAUCUUAUGAAUCAGAAUCGGCAGCAAAGUCAGCCACAGCAACAAGAAGAUCUUGUGCAGAAACAGCAGCAAAAUUUCCAACAACAAAAUAGAAAUUCUCCACUUGUGAAUCAGUUUCAAUCUGCCCAAUCCCCUCACACCGGCGCUAUGCCUACUCCAAGUAUUGCACAAGGCAACAAAAUCUCACAGCCCGAACCACUCGAUGCUAGCCAACCUAGUUCUGUUCCUGGUAGCCUUCAGAGAAAAUCAUCUCAAGCGAGUCGAUCGAAUCAUGGUUCCCCCGCAGCACUUCAAUCGCCUUAUCUUCAACAGCAGGGAGCUUAUCGCUCUGGAAGUGUGACGCAGCGUCUGGCUUCUGUACAGCUGAGACAUGAGGCAUCCACUACACCAAGAAGACUGGUCGUCGCUACAGGUGAAGAAUUAGUGGAAGGAGAUCCCAAUACUAUUCGAAAAUACGUUCCUAUUAAGGAGAGCACCGAUACCCACGGUAGUAUCAAACUCAAGAAUAUCUCGGACAUUUCCGCAGAAAUCGAAUUAACAAAGCCAGUCUAUCUUUUUGCACCUGAAUUAGGCUCUUUGAACAUUCAUGCACUAACCAUGUCGCUAAAGAAUUACCUGAUUUCGAAUCCUGGUGAAAUAUAUUCCGCUCUCAAUACUUUGCUUGUGACAACCACGGAUGCCAAUUGCCAAUUCAAAGUUUCGGACGCUCCAGAAUUGCUAGACGCUUUGAUUAAUGCCGGGCUCAAAAUUUUGUCUCAUGUGCAAAAGGCACAAACAUCUGAAGAUCUUUAUCAGGAUGUGAAAUUGCGUCCAUCUGGUCCGAUUGAAGCGGUCUUCGAAAAGUAUGUGAAGGAAGAUGAGAUGAAUGGCGAAGACAUUGUGUAUAACGUCGAUUCGUUGACAGCAGAAUUGGUAGAGGACGACGAUUCCGAUAUCGAAGUUGAUGACAUCUUCUCUCCAGAGUUUCGUGAAACUGAGCUGCCCGAGUCAUCAUCUGAAUCUCCUAGCUAUAGCACUUUAGAGAUGCCUGACUUCCUCACCGGAUUACUAAAAUUUAGGGAAGAAAAUAAGCACUAUUUCAGCAAAAUUCAGACGAAAAGUGCUACCGAUACGAGAAUAUUCUUCGUUGAUUUGAUGAUAACGGUAACCAUGACCUUGAGAAACUUAUCAUUCACAGGAGACAGCAGGGCACUUAUGGCUUCCAAUCGCCUCUUCCGUGAUUUGAUCUUCAAGACGAUAAAGGCUGUUGCUGUUAAUCCUGCUGCUUUUGUUUUCCAACGUAAGAGGUUUUGCUUAUUGAAGGAUUGUCUCGUUAUGCUUGAUCAGAUUGCCUUCCAUAUGGAACUUGAAAGCUUGGAGGAGGCAUUUUUGACCUACUUGCUUGUGAGUGCAUUUGCGCCUAAGCUUGAUGAACACGAAGACGAUCCGAACAGAAGAUUCGAUAUCCCUGGGGCACAAGUCGACAUUCACACGUAUUUGCCAUACGGCGUUGAUACCUUCGCCAAGCUACUUGUAAGAGAACCUAAGAGCCGUGCAUUCCUUCAAGCUGUUCUCACGGGCUCUUUGAAUGUGACUUCCUCCGCUGAGCACCCUAGCGCCAGAUCUGUCACCGUCACCCCUGAGGAUCAUCAUGAGACCAAAAAAUUGGCAUUGGCUUAUCUCAAAGGAGACCAACAUGCCCUAAAAUCCGGUCGCUUGCUUACAAGAGCUUUCAAGCUCAUGAUGAGUACGGUUCCAUUUACCGUGAGCGGUAUUGAGUUCACUCGUUUUGCAUUACAAAGGUCUACUACAACGUUGCAGGCUCUUUUUGGCGUGAAGCUCAUAAUCGACUUAAUUCCGUCGGAGGACGUCAAUGCACACCUUCACAACCUUCCCUUGUGGUGGCUCGCUGGUAACAUUCAGAUGCUCUUGUUUAAUUUUACCAAAAACACUUUAUCGCUUAUCACGGAGUCUGUCAAAUUUCCCAGACACACGCAGGAGCAUAAGAUCUUAUCUUGUGUUGGAACUCGCUCUCUUACAGUUGUCAAUAGCUUAUUGGGAAGAGCUGUGACGAUGAAAAAAUCCUUGGAGAAUGGAGAAUUAGAUGACUCGCCAGAGAAGGACGAGAUCAAAGGUGCCAUUCACAAAGUGGAAUCUUUAUACAGAGUUCAGCCAGAGAGUGAAUUUGUACUCAACACUCUUCUCGCUGCAUCAAUUGAUCCAGAUGUUGCUCAAGAGGUUGUGAGACUCCAUGGAUUACUUGACCAUUUCCAGUAA